AUAAAAAAAUAUUUCCAAUUCAUAGAUUGGUGUGAAAUGUGCGAUGGCGGAAAAUCAAGAAUAACUGAUGAUUUCUGGUGACUUAUAAACUAAUAAGUCGAUAUGGGCAAUUUUCGUGUACUUUUUCACUUAGUGUUUGUGUUCAUAAAUGCUACAUCGUUUGUGCUCUGCCAAACUUGCCUUGAAGGCGAAAGGGCCAAACAAUUCAACGACAAAUUGGUCAAAGACCAUAACAAAUACAGAAGUCAACAUGGCACACCUCCGCUAGAACCAGAUCUCAAUUUAAUGGAAGAUGCAAUAAAAUGGUCAAAACAAUUGGCUAAUACGAAUGUACUUCAACAUGGGAGUACUGGAGAAAAUCUUUACAAGAAUACUAAUACUGGUCCUAUAGAUGAGUCGCAAUUGGAUGCAGUUAAACCGUGGUACGAUGAAAUAAAGCUGUACACGAAGCCAGAGUUCAGUCUUCAAACAGGUCAUUUCACCCAAGUGGUUUGGAGAGAUACCCGUAAAGUUGGCUGUGGUGUAUGUUCAGGUUCUGGAGGAACAGUUGUCACUUGUAGAUACACUCCACCUGGUAAUUUUCGGGGACAGUUCGAAGAAAACGUACCUCCACUAAAAUCAGAAUCUAAUCAAGAUAACAACGAUGGUCCGAAUAAUAUGCAGCCAACAACAGAUCACGAUUAUACUCCGGAAAAUACAAUAUCAUCGAAAGAUUACGAUGGAUAUAAUACAGGAGAGAUUGAAUUAGAAGAAAUCACUUCCACAAUUCGUCAUGAAGAACAUUACGUUUCAGAUACAAGCGAUUAUGAAGAAACCACGCCAUUUAGAAAAAGAAUAACUCCGAGUACAACUCCUCAACCAAAAAAACAUUCAAAUACGAUCGAAAUAAUAUUACUAUCAUUAGCAAUAGCUGUUUUAAUUCUAAGUUUGGUACCAAUUGGAAUUUUACUCAAGUUUGUGUAUAGUCAGUUCACCUCGAGGCGAUGAUUUCGCACCAGGUAUUAAAUAAACGUGUUGUAAUUAAAAA